AGGACCUGUUAAUAUCGUACUGUUUGCACGGUAUUCCUGGUCCAAAAACAACCUCAGGUAGAGCCACAGGCAGAGUAUCGAGCACAAAAUAAAGCAACAUGGAUUCUCAGACAAUUGGUAUCCUUGGCGGAGGCCAGCUUGGCCGAAUGAUCGUUGAAGCAGCAAACAGACUCAACAUCAAGACGGUAAUCUUGGAAUCGGGCGCAGAAUCCCCUGCAAAACAGAUCAACGCCAACGGCGAACACAUCGACGGGUCGUUCAACAACAUUGAGGACAUCAGAAAGUUAGCUGCAAAGUGUGACGUUUUGACAGUCGAGAUAGAACAUGUCGACACCGAAGCCUUGAAGACGAUCCAGAAGGAGACUGGCGUUAAGAUCUACCCUUCUCCAGAGACACUCGAGAUAAUCAAAGACAAGUACCGUCAGAAGGAGCACUUGAUCUUGCAUAAUGUUGCUGUUGCCGAGUCCGUCAGCGUUGAGAGUACUGCGAGCGCCUUGCAAGCUGUUGGUUCGAAGUUCGGGUAUCCGUACAUGCUCAAGUCGAAAACUAUGGCUUACGACGGUAAGGGGAACUUCGUGGUGAAGGACGCCUCGUACAUUGAUGAAGCGUUGAAGGUGCUAUGCAACAGGCCCCUAUAUGCUGAGAAAUGGGCCCCUUUCGCCAAGGAACUUGCGGUCAUGGUUGUGAGGAACCCAAGCGGCGAGGUGUUCUCCUAUCCCACCGUCGAAACGAUCCACAAGGACAACAUUUGCCACACUGUGUACGCACCUGCUAGAGUUAACGACACUACACAAGCCAAGGCACAGCUGUUGGCUGGAAAGGCGGUUUCGACGUUUGCUGGCGCCGGUAUCUUUGGUGUUGAAAUGUUCCUGUUACCAGAUGGUGAGCUCUUGAUCAACGAGAUAGCACCAAGACCGCACAAUUCAGGUCACUACACCAUUGAUGCAUGUGUCACAUCCCAAUUCGAGGCCCACAUCAGAUCGAUCACCGGCCUACCAAUGCCAAAGAACUUCACCUGCUUCUCCACCCCACAAACCAACGCCAUCAUGCUCAAUGUUCUGGGUUUCGACGAGCCAAACGGGGAGCUUGAGCUCUGUAAAAGAGCUCUCGAAACCUCCAACAGUUCUGUGUAUCUCUACGGAAAGUCCACCAGACCAAAGAGAAAGAUGGGCCACAUCAACAUUGUUUCAGGUUCCAUGUCCGACUGCGAGCGCAGACUUGCAUACAUCGAGGGCGGCAAUGUCUCACCUGAAAGCAUAAAGUCCACAGGCACCAUUCCAGGCACUUCUCUGUCUCCGCUAGUCGGCGUGAUAAUGGGUUCUGACUCAGACUUGCCUGUCAUGUCUGCUGGAUGCAACAUCUUGAAACAAUUCGGUGUGCCUUUCGAAGUCACCAUUGUCUCCGCACACAGAACCCCACAAAGAAUGGCCAAGUACGCCAUUGAAGCUCCAAAGAGAGGUUUGAAGUGCAUUAUUGCCGGUGCCGGAGGUGCUGCACAUCUACCGGGAAUGGUUGCUGCCAUGACGCCUUUGCCUGUUAUUGGCGUCCCAGUGAAAGGAUCCACUUUGGAUGGUGUUGACUCUUUGCAUUCGAUUGUCCAGAUGCCAAGGGGGAUACCCGUUGCCACUGUUGCCAUCAACAAUGCUACAAACGCCGCCUUAUUAGCCAUUAGAAUUCUUGGCGCUUUCGAGGUUAAGUGGAUCACCGAGAUGGAGAACUACAUGAAUGCCAUGGAAGACGAAGUUUUAGGCAAGGCCGAAAAGCUUGAAACUGGCGGGUACGAAGAGUACCUCUCCACAUAUAAAAAAUAAUAAUUCUUUAAAUCUAAAUAGAUUCAGAAAACCGGACACACGUUAGCUAACACAGUAAAGUAAACUCGU